AUGGAGCCCGGGGCGCCGUUGCCCAUCGCCAUCGUCGGCAUGUCUUGCCGCCUGCCUGGCGAUGUGUCCUCGCCAGGCGACUUCUGGAAGUUGCUGGCCAAGGGCCGUAGCGCGUGGUCGAAGAUACCACGGCAACGCUCCCACCAGGAGGUUUAUAAUCACCCCGGCCUGGAGAAGGAGGGCAACAUAUACUCGCAGGGUGGUUAUUUCUUAUCUGAAGAUCUCGAGCUGUUCGAUCCGGGCUUCUUCGACAUGACACGUAAGGAGGCCGAGACGAUGGAUCCUACGCAGCGUCUCCUCCUCGAGUGCUCUUACGAAGCUCUCGAGAACGCGGGAAUCCCGAAGGAAUCUAUUUCGGGCCAAAAAGUCGGCGUAUUCAUUGGUGGUCCCGAUAACGAACAUGGAAUUGGAAACCUCAGGGAUCUAGACAACUCGCCGAUGUUCGAUCCUACUGGUAACCGGGGGGGAUUCCUGGCUGGUCGGAUAUCACACUUUUUCGACCUUCGUGGGCCUUCUCUCACCGCUGGCGCGGCAUGCUCAUCUAGUAUGCAUGCGAUACACAUGGCUGUCCAAAGUAUACGGCUGGGAGAGUCGGAACAGGCUAUCGUUGGAGCUUCUCACAUAAUUACGCAGCCCGAUGUCUGGGUGUCAAUGGCGAGGUUGAGACUGUUUGCGGACUCGGGUAGGACGCACGCGUUUGAAAAUCGUGCCAAGUCCGGAUAUGCCAGAGGAGAGGGAGUCGGAUGCCUAAUUCUUAAACCUGUUGACAGGGCGGUAGAAAACAAUGACAAUAUCAGGGCCGUUAUAUCUCAUACGGGAAUAAACCAUAACGGCCGAACCGUUGGUGUCGUGACGCCAGGCUCAGAAGCGCAAGAGCCUCUGUUGUGUAAUGUUCUCAUACAAGCUGGAAUUGAUGCCAGAGACAUCGGUUUCUUCGAGGAAUACGGUACUGGCACAAAAGCCGGGGACCCUAUCGAGGCUAGAGGCAUCCGCAGAGCACUUGGCCAGAACCUGGAGGGUGACGAACCACUGAGAGUCGGGUCGGUGAAGUCAAAUGUUGGCCAUCUCGAAAACGCUAGCGGUAUUAUAUCUGUCAUGAAAGCCGCGCUCAUGCUGGAAAAAGGGGUUUUGGUGUCGAAUGCCGACUUUGAGAGGGAGAACCUGGAGAUUCCUUUCUCCGAAUGGAACCUGAAAAUCCCGCAACGACAGGAGCCGUUCCCACGGAGCAAGAAGUAUAUUUGUGUGAAAAAUUUCGGGUGUAGUGGAUCGAAUGGGCACGCUGUCCUUUCAAGAUUGCCAGCUGGGAAUGAGACCGAACACCUAGAUGCUGAGAGGCUUGAGGACCAUGUUAAAACGAAGCGGAUAUUUAUAUUAAGCGCCAACGACGAGGCAGCCGCAAGAAAAAGUAUGGAGCAGUUGGGUAUUUUUCCCGGACAGCACGCAGAGCUUUACGAAAGCACUCUGCCUCGGAACUUGGCAUAUACGCUAUGUCAGCGACGUUCGAAGCUACCGUGGCGUGUAGCUGUGGUUGCCGACACGUGUAGUAAAUUAGCGGUAGCCCUCAGCAGGCCAGAAGCUAUGCCGAAACGUGCGCCUACCAAAUCUCCCAAGCUCGCCUUCGUCUUCACCGGACAGGGGGCACAGUGGAACACCGUGGGCCGGGAGCUACUGAAGUCCUACGCUGUAUUCGCUUCGUCUAUACAGAGAGCCGAUAAUCACCUUCGCACCCUAGGUGCCGAUUUCUCGUUACUAGAGGAGUUGCUGCGUGACGAGCAAGAUUCUCGUGUCGACAUGGCUCAUAUCAGCCAACCGAUCUGUAGUGCCGUCCAGAUCGGAUUAGUCGACCUCCUGGCCUCUUGGGGCGUUAAACCCUCAGCAGUCGCCGGGCACUCCACCGGAGAGAUUAGCGCAGCAUACACAACUGGCACCCUGACCCUGGAAACGGCGAUGUCUGUAGCAUAUUUCCGCGGACAGGCUAUCGUUGCGUUCAAGCAAAAUUUCCAGACUUUAGAGGGCUCCAUGAUGGUCGUAGGCACGGGGGCAGAGGAGUUGCAGCCGUUCCUCAAACAACUGCGGAACCCCCUUCGAGUUGCAGUAGCCUACAAGAACUCGCCUACUUCGACAACGGUGUCGGGAGACACCGAAGCCGUCGAUGAGCUUUCUGUCACGUUAGCCAGCAAUAAGAUCAUCAGCCGCAAGCUGUUCGUUGACGUUGCCUAUCACAGCCCUCAUAUGAAAUUGAUAGCUGAGACGUAUUAUAGUAUGAUCGCAGAUAUCACAUUGAGGGAUGCCGAUGAUAGCGUUGACUUUUUCUCCUCCCUAUCUUCCCACAGGGUUGACGCAGAGGAACUCGGCCCCCGGUACUGGGUAGACAACCUCACGAGCCCCGUACUCUUUGCCACGGGGUUACGAGCACUCUGUAAGAGGAGCGAGCCAGACAUCCUGAUUGAAAUUGGACCACACUCCGCGCUCAAAGGUUUGAUCAUGGAGAUCCCCAAGAUGUUGGACCUGCCCGUCGCCAAGACUCCGGCAUAUAUGCCAACUCUCAUUAGGAAUCAUGAUGUGACCGAGACAACUCUAGAGCUCGUUGGCCAGCUCUUCGUACGCGGUUACGAGGGCAUUGAUUUCUUCAACGUCAACCACAAUCGAUCAGAAGCAGAAACACCCGACGUAGUUUCGUUUCUCUACACGUACCCAUGGUCACGCCGGUGCUGUUGGUACCGGAAUCGAAUCACGCAACAACAUCGACUCAGCCCAUUCGCGCGCCACGACCUGAUCGGAACACUGACCGGCUGGGGUUACGGCUUGGAGCCGACAUGGCGCAAUUUUAUCAGGCUUGAGAAGCUGCCGUGGCUACGUGAUUACCGGGUUCAGACUCGUUCCGUAUUUCCAGUGUCCGCCUUCGUCUCCAUGGUUAUCGAAGCAGCUAGUCAACGAGCGGCACUUGGGGGAGUCGGCGCGGGCAGGUUCCAUCUGCGCAACAUUAUCGUUCCAGAGCACCUGUUUCUGGAGAAAGAUAGGCCGGUUGAGACUGUGCUGAAAAUCAGGGCACGACACGGACCUGGGAUGGAUUGGGGUGAAUUUAUCAUCUCCAGUUUCGAGUCGACGCGAGGAUGGCUGGAGCAUUGCCACGGGUUCGUUGAGGCUGAGCCUACAAAGGGCGAUUAUACCUGCCCUUCCAAUCAUAGGACGCCUUUAGAUCCCGAAUUCGCUGGAAAUGAGUCGUUCAUGCCUGCCGCGGUUUUCUACUUCAACCUGAGUGCUAGCGGUAUGAGCUAUCCACAUUCUUUUUGCAACCUCGUCAGAAUAACCAAGGCAGACGAAUACGUCGUCACCGCUCGGGGUGUCUUCCUAGACACAAAACCCAUCAUGCCGCUCGCAUACGAGUCCUCGUAUGUGGUCCAUCCGGCCACAUUGGAGCCCCUGGUUCAGGUAUCGCAGGGCGAUCUGGGGUUUGACGGAAUCGUGGGACCACAACUACCAUGUGCGAUAAAGCACAUAGAUAUAAAUGCGAGCAAAGGCUGGGAACAAACUUUUGGGACCGAGUUUAUAGUCCAGUCGAUAAAAGACGCUAGGUCCAAUCUGUUCUCGGCCGAGUUGUUCACGCCGGUGGAUAGUGAGUUGCCUUUCGCCUCCAUCUUCGGACUAGAACUCGCUCCGAUAAAUACGACGCCGAUGUUGGAUUCCAAGCCAAGAGAACUAUGUUACAAUGUUCGUUGGGAACAAGCCGAUGAGCGACGUGUUAACGAUGUGAGCUGUGCGCAUAUAAAAGCUAAUGGGGAGCGUAUAACCGUUGUCACGGAACGCGCCUGCGAUGACACGCUGGUGACCGCACUAUGCAAGGUCAUCAGGUUACGUUCUGGGGUUACUCCGAAUACCUCAAGUCUGCACCAGAUCGGAGACUUUGACGGCUUUUUUGUGGUGCUUUCGGAGCUUGAUCGUGCCGUCCUGGGCUCAAUCAACAAGGCCGAGUUUGAGAGGGUGCAGAGCCUGUUGGCGCGGACUGGAGGCGUCCUCUGGGUGACGUGUGGCGCGUCCAAGGUCCCUAUGAACCCAAGCACUAAUAUGGCUCAAGGUCUCUUUCGCUCACUACGAUCAGAGCUUGGUAAGACUGCUGUUACCCUUGACCUCGACCCGGACAGCACGUUGGGUACCGAAGGACAAGCUAAGUUGAUCGAAGAUGCCUUCCGACGAACCGUGUUAUCGAACAGCGCCGAAGCCGAUAGGGAAUUUGCCGAGCAAGAAGGGCGUCUAGUCGUUCCGCGCUAUGUCGUCGAUGACGAUAUGAACUUGCGAGUGAACCGGGAACUAGGUCGGUCCGAGCCAUACUCGCAGGAACUCCGACAAUCGGGACGUCGGUUGCGUGUUGCUCCACAAGCUGGAAUUUUCCGGGACAUGCUUUCCUUUGAGGACGUUCCGACCACCGAGAUUCUAGGGGACGAUCAAGUCGAGGUCGAGAUUAAGGCCAGCAGGCUGGGCUCAGAUGACGUUCUCGCUCUUGCUGGCACGAACAGGACCAUUCGGCCAGAAAGAUCAUGUAGCGGCAACGUCGUUCGUGUUGGGUGCGGCAUCACCGACGUCAAUGUCGGGGACAGGGUCUGCGCCCUGACCGUUGGCCAGUUGGGUACACAUAUUUAUGUGACAGAAAACAGCGUUGUCAAGAUGCCCGAGACGGUGAGCUUCGAAGACGCAGCCAUGAUUCCGUCUGCUUUCGGGACGGCGUUCUACGCACUUGUACAAGUUGCGCGUAUCCAGAAGUCCGAUCGUCUACUCGUCCAAGUAAAUAGUGCUGAGGGGCUGGCUGCGAUACAAAUUGCGCAACACGUUGGUGCCGAGGUGUUUGCUGCGACUCACGGUAGCAAAAGCCGAGAUUUUGUGUUCGAGUCGUUCGGCAUCUGCCCAGAGCAUGUCUUUGACGCAGGUAGCAUCUAUUUCGACCACGAAGUACAACGUGCUUUGGGUGGAGAUAUUGAAGAAAUUAUUGGGAGGGUGUGGACGAACGUUGCGCCGUUCGGACGUGUUGUUCAUUUGUACGGAGGAUUCGACAAUCGCCUUGAUGAUCGAUCCGAUCUUGCCGAGAAUAUAUGUCUCACGUCGAUCAACAUGCGGAGUCUGACUAGAACGCACCCACAACUCAUGAAGGAGAUUCUGAUAAAGGUCACGCAAUGCUUCUCGAAGGGACUCCUCAAGCCUCUAAGGAGAUCAGUGGCAUUACGAAUGGCAGAACUCGGCAGGGGGUUGGAAAUAGUCCAACGAGGCGCCUUACACCCGGUUGUUGUCUCCGUUCAGCAGGGCGACGUCGUAAUGGCCUCACACGAUACUUCGAAACGCUUCCUUAACCCAAACGGCACUCAUAUAAUCAUCGGUGGUACUGGUAAUAUAGGCCGGUGCACGGCCAAGUGGAUGGUCGAGCACGGCGCUAAACACAUCGUAUUGUUGUCGAGGAGCGGGGGCGACGUUACUAGGGUGAAACAACUUAUGGACGCGACGCGAGAUAGAGCCAGCAUUGUUGUCAAAGCCUGUGAUAUUGCGGAAGGGGAAAGCGUACACCGAGUGGUGAGGGAAUGCGCCGAGAAACAUCUGCCCGUAUGCGGCGUCGUCCAUGCUGCCGUGAUGCUUCACGACGACACGAUCGGAAAUAUGACCCACGAGUCAUAUAUCUCUACCAUUCGUGCCAAAGUCCAAGGCACCUGGAACAUCCAUAACGCGCUCGAGUCCAACAAUGCACACCCUGACUAUUUUGUCCUCUUGUCAAGCGUGGUAGGGAUUGUCGGUAGCCGUGGGCGAGCGGCUUAUGCCGCCGCCAGCACGUUUCUGGACGGGUUUGCCCGGUAUAGAGUGGCGCAGGGCCUUCCCGGCGUCUCGCUGGACCUGACGGUCGUCAUGGGUGCCGACUAUACCGCAGCAGAAACAGCAAGACGCAAGGAAUCGAUCGACAGGAAUUUCGGGGGGCAGUUCAUCUCUGAUACCGAGGUCCUGGGACUGUUGGCAGUGGCUAUGUCCGGAAAAUGUGGUCCGCAAUACCUAACGGGUUUGAAGCUGGUUCCAAGCGCCGCCGGUGCCUUGCCCUAUUACGCCCAAGACCCACGGUUUGCACACCUGGAGGCAGCAGCAGCAGCAGUAGCAGAGAUACCAGCCGCGAGCGGCGAUUCUGGACCAGCCGUGUCGUAUAGGAACGCGUUCCGGGCCGCAGCCGGUAGCGAGGAGGCCCGUCUGGUGGUCGUACGCUCAGUGGAGCAUGGCAUCUCAGGCCUCGAUUCGCUGACCUCGAUCGAGGUCCGCAAUUGGAUCACGAGAGGAUUCGGCGCGACCCUGGAGAGUCUGGAAGUGUUGACGAGUGCCAACGUAGCGAAUUUGGCAGAGUCGAUUGUCUCGCGAGCCGAGGCAUGAUCCAAGCCAUGGUACUAUGGGCGUUGGUUUCCCUGCUGCCGACGACGUCGUUUUCCAUCAGAGCUUCAGAGGCAGAGCGGGUUGAGAUGAAGACGAUGGAGAGUUGUGCUGACCCCACCUAUGAGUAGGUAUAGUACUACGAAGGUACCUGUAAAGGUCAGGAUACCUGCCCAACCUAUAAGGUUACCUAAUGCUAGUUGAUUAUUAGGUACCUCCUAGUGAGUAGGUACCUCCCGCUACCGUACAUUCUUGGCAACGGGCAGGCACCU